AUGACCACCACCCCGAAACUGCCUACGCCCGAGACGCUGCGCAACCUCCCCUGGCCCGAAUCCCUGUGGGUCUGCCCCGUGGACUCGCAGACCAAGCUCGUUCGUCACCGCUACCACGAGCCGUGCUCCGACCUCUUCUGGGCCUUCGCCCUCUGCCGCCACUGCGGUGCAGACCUGAGCUGGUGGUACGGGGUGCGGCGGUGGGCGCACAGCGACGUCCAGCCCGAGGACGCGGUGGUGUGGUAUGACGUGCGGGCGAGGAACGAGGCUGCGGCUUCGGCUGCCCCGUAG